AUGGCAGACAACAAAAGUCCCGAUGAUUUAUCCACCGCGAUCCUCCGCCGUAAGGACAGGCCGAACCGUCUCAUCGUCGAGGAAGCCGUCAGCGAUGACAAUUCCGUUGUGGCACUAUCUCAGGCAAAAAUGGAGCAACUGCAGCUUUUCCGAGGAGACACUGUACUUCUUAAAGGCAAACGCAGGAAAGAAACAGUUUGCAUUGUACUUUCGGAUGACAACUGUCCAGACGAGAAGAUCCGCAUGAACCGUGUCGUACGUAACAACCUGCGUGUGAGGUUAUCUGACAUUGUGUCAAUUGCUCCUUGUCCAUCAGUCAAAUAUGGGAAAAGAGUACACAUACUGCCUAUUGAUGAUUCUGUUGAAGGAUUAACUGGAAACCUAUUUGAAGUAUACCUAAAGCCUUACUUCAUGGAGGCAUACAGGCCCAUCCAUCGUGAUGACACCUUUAUGGUGCGUGGUGGCAUGCGGGCUGUGGAGUUCAAAGUUGUUGAAACAGAUCCUUCACCUUACUGCAUUGUAGCGCCAGACACUGUCAUACAUUGUGAAGGAGAACCAAUCAAGCGAGAGGAAGAGGAGGAAGCUCUUAACGCUGUUGGUUAUGAUGACAUUGGAGGUUGCCGCAAACAAUUGGCACAGAUUAAGGAGAUGGUAGAAUUGCCUCUGCGUCAUCCAUCGCUUUUCAAGGCUAUUGGUGUGAAACCACCUCGAGGUAUUCUCAUGUAUGGUCCACCUGGUACUGGUAAAACUUUGAUUGCUCGCGCUGUUGCUAAUGAGACUGGUGCAUUCUUUUUCUUAAUCAAUGGACCGGAGAUCAUGUCUAAGUUGGCUGGUGAAUCUGAGUCUAAUUUGCGCAAAGCUUUCGAAGAGGCUGACAAGAACUCACCGGCUAUUAUCUUCAUUGAUGAAUUGGAUGCAAUUGCCCCUAAGCGUGAGAAAACCCAUGGUGAAGUGGAGCGUCGUAUAGUGUCGCAAUUGCUUACUCUUAUGGAUGGUAUGAAAAAAUCAUCACACGUCAUAGUGAUGGCUGCAACCAAUCGGCCGAAUUCGAUCGACCCUGCUCUGCGUCGUUUUGGUCGCUUCGAUCGUGAAAUUGACAUUGGUAUUCCGGACGCUACUGGCCGUCUUGAAAUAUUGCGCAUUCACACUAAGAACAUGAAGCUCGGAGAUGAUGUAGAUUUGGAACAGAUCGCAGCAGAGUCCCAUGGUCACGUUGGUGCAGAUUUGGCGUCACUUUGCUCCGAAGCGGCAUUGCAACAGAUCCGAGAGAAAAUGGACCUCAUUGACCUUGAGGAUGACCAGAUUGACGCAGAAGUGCUCAACUCACUUGCUGUUUCUAUGGAUAACUUCCGUUAUGCAAUGACGAAGUCAUCGCCGUCGGCGCUGCGUGAGACUGUCGUGGAGGUGCCGAACGUGUCGUGGUCGGACAUCGGUGGGCUGCAGAACGUGAAGCGCGAACUGCAGGAGCUGGUGCAGUACCCCGUGGAACACCCCGACAAGUUCCUCAAGUUCGGCAUGCAGCCCUCUCGCGGAGUGCUUUUCUACGGACCGCCUGGAUGUGGUAAAACAUUGCUGGCCAAAGCCAUUGCCAAUGAGUGCCAAGCCAACUUUAUAUCUGUGAAGGGACCAGAGCUGCUCACAAUGUGGUUUGGUGAAUCUGAAGCUAAUGUGCGAGACAUCUUUGACAAGGCCCGUUCAGCAUCACCAUGCGUAUUGUUCUUUGAUGAGUUGGAUUCCAUCGCCAAGUCUCGAGGAGGGUCGGUGUCCGACGCCGGCGGAGCUGCCGACAGAGUCAUCAACCAGAUUCUCACUGAGAUGGACGGCAUGGGAGCUAAAAAGAAUGUCUUCAUCAUUGGCGCCACGAACCGACCGGACAUCAUCGACCCGGCCAUCCUGCGUCCGGGACGUCUGGACCAGCUCAUCUACAUCCCGCUGCCCGACGAGAAGUCGCGCGAGGCUAUCCUCCGCUCCAACUUGCGCAAAUCGCCCAUCGCCAAGGACGUUGAUCUGUCGUACAUCGCUAAGGUGACGCAAGGGUUCAGCGGCGCGGACCUGACGGAGAUCUGCCAGCGCGCGUGCAAGCUGGCCAUCCGGCAGGCCAUCGAGGCCGAGAUCACGCGCGAGCGCACGCGCCAGCAGCAGACGCCCGCCGCCGUCAUGGACAUGGACGAGGAGGACCCGGUGCCGGAGAUUAGCCGCGCGCACUUCGAGGAGGCGAUGAAGUUCGCGCGGCGCUCGGUGUCCGACAACGACAUCCGCAAGUACGAGAUGUUCGCGCAGACGCUGCAGCAGAGCCGCGGCUUCGGCACCAACUUCAGAUUCCCCACGAGCGGCGGCGCGGCGGGCGGCACGGGCACGUCGGGCGGCGACCAGCCCACGUUCCAGGAGGAGGGCGGCGACGACGACCUCUACAGCUAA